CAUACCUUCUUCCUUUCCGUCUCGUCAGUGAACUGUACUUCUCCUUCCUCUUACUCCGAGUUCGAGCAGCGGCCAGCGGGUGCCGUGUUGCCGCCAAUGGACGCAGAGGAGAGAAGGGAGGAGAGCGCGACGCUGGUGGUGAUCGUGGUCCUCGCGGUGCUCGCCCUCGCCUCUCUGCUCUUCGCCUUCGGUUACUACUGCUACAUCCGCAGCAAGGUCGUCCGACGCCGCAAGGCCCUCAAGGAUGACGGCCAGAAGGUGUCGGGUGACGAGGUUGCCAAGGAUGUGGAUGGCGAGGUGGAAGUUGUGGUCGCAGCGGGGAAAGGCAGCGGCGGUGGCGGCAGAGGAGGAGGAGGAAGAGGAAGAGGAAUGCAAGUGUUCUCCUACAAGCAGAUGCACGCGGCCACGAAUGGAUUUGGGAAAGGGAAUGCAAUUGGACGUGGGAGCUUCGGGUCUGUGUACAAGGGAACCCUCCCGCCGCCCGACGGCAGGAAGGUGGCCGUCAAGCUAAUGGACAGCGGCGGGAAGCAAGGGGAAGAGGAGUUCAAGAUGGAGGUGGAACUACUGACGCGACUCCGGUCGGCGUAUUUACUGGCAUUGAUCGGCUACUGCUCAGAAGGUGGUCACAGGCUGUUGGUUUAUGAGUACAUGGCCAAUGGAAGCCUCCAGGAACAUCUGUAUCCUGCCACGAGUUGUUCGAUUGGUGGUGUGUCAAAGUUGGAUUGGGAGAUUAGGAUGAAGAUAGCUCUUGAGGCUGCUAAAGGUCUUGAAUAUUUGCAUGAGCAAGUCAAUCCACCAGUAAUUCACAGGGACUUAAAGAGUAGUAAUAUCCUGUUGGACAAAGAUUUCCAUGCAAAAGUUUCUGACUUUGGUCUAGCCAAAUUUGGAUCUGAAAAAGCAGGAGGUCAUGUUUCGACCCGAGUUCUUGGUACCCAAGGCUAUGUAGCCCCAGAGUACGCACUAACAGGUCAUUUGACUACAAAAUCAGAUGUUUACAGCUACGGCGUUGUGCUCUUGGAGUUGCUUACGGGCAGAGUUCCAGUUGACAUGAACAGACCUCCUGGGGAAAGUAUUCUAGUGUCUUGGGCACUUCCUCAACUAACAGAUCGCGAGAAGGUUGCGCAAGUUAUGGAUCCAGCAUUGGAAGGGCAGUAUUCCCUGAAAGAAGCUGUUCAGGUUGCUGCAAUCGCAGCUAUGUGUGUGCAGCCAGAGGCUGAUUACAGACCUCUUAUGGCCGAUGUAGUCCAGUCACUGGUCCCUCUGACACAGCACAAAUCAGCCACAAAGGCCAGCGGUGGCUCCAAUUUACAAGCUCUAUAGAACUGGUCACUUACCUGGCUUUCUUAAUCUGCAAGAUCGCACUAAUUUGUGACUUAGAAACAUGUUAGUAAUGGAUUUGUUAGAGCUAUUUGUGGUAAAAUUAUGUUUCAACUUGUGAAAUUGAAACACCUCUUUGUUUUGUGUAUUCUCUGAUAUGAAAGUUGAUGCGGCGCUUUUCUACCA